AUGGACAACUUCGGCGUCAUCACCGAGGUGGGCACGGAGAACAUCCAGGGCGACCACAUCUUCAUGAUCCACGGGCCGAAGGCGAACGUGCUGCAGGCCGCGCGGCAGACUGUCUCGCUGCUCGACACGCCGGCCGCGCCUGCUGCGACGCCCCAGGCGCAGGCGCAGCCGCAGCAGGCGGAGCUCCCGGUCCCGGCGCCGCCGCCGCUGCAGCAGGCGGAGGCGCAGCAGUACCAACAGCAGCAGUACCAGCAGCAGCUGUACGCGCAGCCCGACGCCGCGGCGCAGCUCGUGGCCCUGCAGCCGCAGGCCGCCGGCGCGUCGCAGCUGACGCCGCAGCAGCAGCUGGAGUAUUAUCAGCUGCAGCAGGCGGCCGCCGCAGGGGCGGCAGCCUGA